AUGACUGUUACAUUGACUGUCGACCCUCCGACGCCGAUGAAGGGCGUCCUCGCUCUCAAUGCCGACGCGGGUGUGCUGGACACGACGGCCCAUCCCAGCAUCCUGAAGCGCUUGAUCGCACUCGCGCCCCAUGACGUCAAGCUCACCUUCCGCGAGGUGUCGCGUACCGCUAGAGGUCUGGCCGACGAUAUAUUGUUCGGACACGUCGUCGUGGCCCAGUGGGGCUCGGCCACGUGCUACGACAAGGGCAGAACCUCGCUCUUCGCACUCCUCACUCCCGCAGGUGACAAGCUCCCCGGUAAGCCCAUGUCGUCGGAUAACAAGCACUGGAAGCGCCGCCUCGCCCACACGGACAUUAUGGACAGCACGGUCCGUCUCCCCAGCUUCCAGUGGGAGACGAUUGUGCAUGAAGGCCGUCCCCGCGUCCUCCGCCGCCUCAUCAGUGGCGGGCUGUGGCGCGCAUCACCCAACCUCACCGCUGUCGAUCUGCUCGUCCUCUCGCCACUCUCGCUGAGUUGCAGACUCGGCCAGGACAUGCUCACGGCCUCGUUGGUUGCCAAGCCCAAGAAACACGUCAUCAACAUCCUCCUCGACCUCGCCUAUCGUGGAGCACACUUCCCCGUCGGCUCGGCCGGUGAGCGGCACAAUAACGCCGCCGUCCUCAUCUUCUCCAUGCUCCCUAUUGGUGGCGCCCUCCAUCGCCACUUGUAUUAUCCGGGCGACGACGACCCGCCCGUCACCGCACGUAUCAUGAACCUCACGAGUCCCGGGGAGGACUUUUUCGACUCGCUCGCCACCGUCGUCGCGUCAGGCGUGUAUAACACCUACACCCUCGUGGGACUGCACGAGAUCGACCACCACAUCAUCGGCACUGACCACUACCUCGAGCCCAAGACGCUCAAGGCGCGUAUCGUCAACCUUGUGCGCGCUCGCCAGCACCGCUCGUCGGCCAUGGGCCUUCCGCCACACAUCCCGGCCGCCGAGCUGGAACAGUCACUCACACUCGUGUCACACCAUGACUAUCGCCUCAUGAUUGGCGCCGAGCAGUACGAGAUCGAGACGUGGCCCCAGGCGCCGGCUCGUUGGUGGGCUCCCUAA